AUUAUUUCUAGUCAAGCACACAGCGGGAGCAUCACAGGCGCGUCGCGUGAACACAUACUCUCUCUGUGUCUAAAACUCUGCACAUAAAAAGAGCCAACAUGUCGGACAGAAAGGCUGUGAUCAAAAAUGCAGACAUGUCUGAAGAGAUGCAGCAGGACGCUGUGGAAUGUGCCACGCAGGCGCUGGAGAAGUACAACAUCGAGAAGGACAUCGCUGCCUACAUCAAGAAGGAAUUUGACAAAAAGUACAAUCCCACCUGGCAUUGCAUUGUGGGGAGGAACUUUGGCAGCUACGUGACUCACGAGACGAAGCAUUUCAUCUACUUCUACCUGGGUCAGGUUGCCAUUCUGCUGUUUAAGUCCGGCUGAGCGAGCGAGAGCUUCGUUUCAUUCAACAGAGCAUUAAAACAGACUGUAUCCACCAGGCUGAUCAUUCCUGUCCUGGGACCUGCCUUCUCUCGGCUGCUUCUUUUGUUCUGAUUAAUGUUUAGAAAAUGGCCAUGUGAGAGGAGAAUGACAUAAAGAAACUUGUAUUUAUUUUUGUUUUCUAUACACAGUUGGAACGUUUUAUGUCACCUGAGUUUUUUUUUAUUAAAGCAAGAUCGUUUGGC